GAUCUGAAAAUAAAUCUGUAUUUUGGAGAUCAACCUCCCUAUAUAAAUACAACCUCACGGGUAUAAACGAGUCAGUUUUUGAAUCACACUUUGAUUAAAAAUGUUGAAAGCUUCGCUGCUUUUGGUGCUUUGCGUCCUACACUUCUCUAGUACUGAAGCUCAAUCGAAUCAACAAUACUGUGAGAAUGUGUACAUCGAUUGUCAACGAUUUGCACCCAGAAUAGGAAGUUUUGAUGAGACCAUUGACUCCUUUAAUCGACAUUGUCGUCGACAGCAUCAAAGAUGGAAAAAUGUGACUCGAUGUGAAAUGGAAAAAGCCACCUGCCUGUUGAUCUUACGGCGUUGUGGUGAUAUGACCUGCGGUAAUAUUGCCGAGACCUUGCAGCUGUAGUUUUGACAAAAAAUGAUUUCACGGAAAUUUAUUUUCUUUAUCAAUAAAUUAUGUUAACAAAAAUGA